AUGGCUAUGCGCAACAUCGGUGUGAAGACUAGCCAAAUCAUAGACUAUAUGGUAAAUCAAUCCGGGUCUUAUGAGAAUGUUGGUUUCAUCCGUACGGAUCUGCAUAACCAUAUUCAAGCCAAACGUAGAACAGAAGUUGAGGAUGGUGAUGCGCAGGGUGCGUUGGUUUACCUAUGUGCAAAACUUGAUGUUGAUGCACGUUUUUUUUACAAGUAUGAUGUGUGUAAUGAUAACACGUUACAAAAUCUGUUCUGGGCAGAUUCGAAAUCACGGGCCAACUAUGCAAAGUUUGGUGAUAUGUUGAUAUUUGACUCAACUUACAGAACCAAUGCAUACAAGAAACCUUUUGUCAUGUUAGCUGGUGUGACUAGCCACUUUAGGACCAAGAUAUUUGCAUGUGUUUUGCUAGCUAAUGAGACAAUUGAUACAUACACAUGGGUUUUGGAAACAUUUAUGGAGGCGAUGGGUAAUAAAGCACCUGUGUCCAUACUGACAGAUGGGGAUAAGGCGAUGUGA